UUUUUUUGCGGUUGAGGAGGAGAUAAGGGGAAAAUGGGUAGCUCCGGAUUCUCAUGGACGCUGGCGGAUCACCCGAGGCUGCCCAAGGGGAAGACCAUCGCCCUGGUGGUCCUGGACGGGUGGGGCGAGGCCAAGCCCGACCAGUACAACUGCAUCCACAUCGCCGAGACACCUACCAUGGACUCGCUCAAGAAGGGUGCCCCUGAGAAAUGGAGAUUGGUCAGAGCUCAUGGAACUGCAGUGGGUCUCCCGACGGAGGAUGACAUGGGUAACAGUGAGGUUGGUCACAACGCUCUUGGCGCUGGCCGAAUUUUUGCUCAAGGUGCAAAGCUUGUCGACAGUGCUCUUGCUUCUGGAAAGAUUUAUGACGGAGAAGGUUUCAACUACAUAAAGGAAAGUUUUGCGACCAGUACCUUACAUUUGAUUGGGCUCCUGAGUGAUGGUGGAGUCCAUUCUAGGCUUGAUCAAGUGCAGUUGCUGCUAAAAGGAUCUGCUGAGCACGGUGCUAAAAGAAUCCGUGUCCAUAUUCUUACAGAUGGACGUGAUGUUUUGGAUGGUUCAAGUGUGGGCUUUGUAGAAAUUCUUGAAAAUGACCUCGCGGGAUUAAGAGCUAAAGGUAUUGAUGCACAAAUUGCAUCUGGUGGAGGUCGAAUGUAUGUCACUAUGGACCGGUAUGAGAAUGAUUGGGAGGUUGUAAAACGAGGAUGGGAUGCACAAGUUCUCGGUGAAGCUCCUUACCAAUUUACGAGUGCUGUUGAAGCUGUGAAGAAGCUAAGGCAGGCACCCAAGGCCAACGAUCAAUAUUUGCCUCCAUUUGUCAUUGUCGAUGACAAUGGAAAGCCAGUGGGCCCAAUAGUUGAUGGUGAUGCUGUUGUUACAUUUAAUUUCCGAGCGGACCGGAUGGUUAUGAUUGCAAAGUCACUUGAAUAUGAAGAUUUUGACAAAUUUGAUCGUGUUAGAGUACCUAAAAUUCGUUACGCUGGAAUGCUUCAGUACGAUGGUGAAUUGAAGCUUCCAAGCCGUUACCUUGUCUCUCCUCCAGAGAUAGAUAGAACAUCUGGUGAAUAUCUUGUGCAUAACGGCGUAAGGACAUUUGCCUGCAGCGAGACUGUCAAAUUUGGUCACGUCACAUUUUUCUGGAAUGGAAAUCGCUCUGGCUAUUUUAAUCCGGAAUUGGAAGAGUAUGUGGAAAUUCCGAGUGACAGUGGAAUUACAUUCAAUGUCAAACCAAAAAUGAAGGCACUCGAAAUUGCUGAGAAAGCUAGGGAUGCCAUCCUUAGUGGUAAAUUUGACCAGGUACGAGUUAAUCUUCCCAAUGGUGACAUGGUGGGGCAUACAGGAGACAUUGAGGCAACGGUUGUGGCAUGCAAAGUUGCUGAUGAGGCAGUCAAGAUGAUCCUUGAUGCUAUAGAGCAAGUGGGAGGAAUAUAUGUCGUCACUGCAGAUCAUGGAAAUGCUGAAGAUAUGGUUAAGAGAAACAAGACGGGGCAGCCUCAACUUGACAAGAGUGGAAACAUUCAGAUACUCACUUCCCACACUCUUGAGCCAGUGCCCGUUGCCAUUGGAGGCCCAGGGUUGGCACCCGGAGCUAGGUUCCGCAGCGACGUACCUAAUGGAGGGCUCGCGAAUAUUGCUGCUACUGUGAUGAAUCUUCACGGGUUUGAGGCUCCUGAAGAUUACGAGCCGACUCUUAUAGAAGUAGUCGGUUGAUAAUUAAGGUAACUCGAUUAAGUCUUGAUAGUUUUUGGUUGAGCGCCAGGCGUUGAGGAUGCCUGUGGACCAUAAGUGCUUAAAUAAGUUCAAUCUGAGCUUUUGCUCCCUGGAUUUGGUGAGUUAUUGGGUCACCCAAAUUUUGUUGGUUUACAGACUGAACAGCAAUUCGCAAUCUGGCAAAUUGUUGCACUAUAUAUCUGCUGAAUAUCUAAUUACCGUUUUUCAGA